AUAUUAUCGAACCAACUACUAGAACUAACACUAAACCUAGAACUAAUACUUUGUUAGUUUGAAGAACCCAAAGUCAUCGUUACUUCAAAAAUGAAAUGUUUUGAGUCGUUUUGAAAAUAACCUCUUCGUAUAUAAUUCAAUCAACCAAUUAUACACGAGAUAUCUUAUUAAAAAUGGAAAGUAUUUAUAUCCACGACAAAAUUAGAAUAUUUAGAUAUCAACGUUCAAUUAUUGCUAACCUUUCGGAGCUCCAGUGAAGAUGAUAAAAAAUAUUUCGCAUAAAAUAAUAUUAAUCGGUUUAUUAUUACAAUUAGUGACUAAUACUACAAAUACAAAACUCACAAUUGAAACGUUGGCGAAGAAUUUAUUUAAAGAUAAUAAUGUUAACAAAGUGCAGUUAUCAAAUAAUAGUAUCAGUGAGUUAUCACCAUUUCAAUUUACAUCAAUACCAAACAAUACUCACAUAUAUUUGCAACAAAAUGAUAUAACAUACAUUCCAAGAGACGUUUUUACAAAUAACGAGAGAAUUUAUUAUAUUAGCUUGGCAUCAAACGAAAUAUCCAACAUGGAAAGAUUCGCGUUUGCGUUAAUGCCUUUAUUGACUCUUCUUAACUUGUCUUCGAACAAAAUAACGGCGAUUGACAAAGAUUGGUUUACUGGUUCAAGAAAUAUACGAGACUUGUAUCUAGAAAACAAUUUAAUUCGAGAAAUAAAUAAGGACGCGUUCUCGGAAAUCCACAACUUGAAAGUAAUUAAUUUAAGUUUUAACCGAAUAUAUACUAUUAAACCUGGAAGUUUCGACGGGGUAAAAUCAAUGGUGGGUUUGAGUGGAAAUUUUUUGGCAGAUUUAAGUUUUAUCAAUUCCACAAAACUGGAUUGGAUCAGUGUGUCCUUUAAUAAAAUAAAUCACCUCGACUUAAACUACAUAACGGAGAUAAAAGCUAUAUACGCUAUGCCAAACCCUUUAUAUUGCAAAAGCUUAAUAAAUUUUUUGAGGGGAGCACCUAAACGUGGGAUUCGUGUCGUACACCCAAGAAUAUGGAACCCUAGUUGUCCUAUUUGUAUCAAAGAAGGGGUAUACGCAGAUGAUGUUGUUAAUAAUAUUUAUUAUAAAAUGAUAGAAACAGAGUUUGAUUUUAAAUAUUUUAAACAAGAAUUAUCGUGGCUUAAAAAUGUAAGACAAAUCAAUUAUAGUUACUUCAAUUAUUAAUUUAUAAAUAUAAAUUUCAAUGAUG